AAUUCACAAGAAGCCGACACAACAAGUCUCUCAGUUCAUUUGAGAUUGAGGCUUGGACAUGGACAGCAAAGUUGCCAAGGUAAUAAUAAUGCAAAAGUCUGAGAACCGGAUUUAAUCUUUAGGUUAAUAUGAACCCCGUUAAACCCUUAAAAGAGUGAAUAGUGAAGUCUGGGUAAAGUGAAGAGCGACUUCAACCAGUCUCGCACAGCUCAUUUUUGUUAUUGAUCCAGAGUCUCACCAUGCCAAGUGGAGUCUUGGGCCGUCUUAGUGCAUUGACAUUGAGUAUACAGCAGCUGGGUCAGUUACCACACUUGUCAAACUGGCUGCCCCGUCUACCUUUGCCUCAAGCCACCGUACUCGCCUCUGAUGUGCCAAGCCUGUUUCGUGAGCCCUACAUCUUGUCUGGCUAUCGUCCUGUGCGUCAGGAAUGGCUGAGCUACUUCUGUAGCCUCUUUCAAUGUCACAACGAGUCGCUCAAUGUAUGGACACACCUUCUGGCGAUCCCUGCGCUCCUACUUCACUUUUCUUUCGGGGCAUCGGGGCUAACGCUCAAUGUGGCGUCUUUGCCUCUGUUUUUGUACAUGUUGUCGUCACUUACCUACCUCAGUUUCAGCGUGGCCGCCCACCUGCUUCAGUCACACUCUGAGCUGGCCCAUUACUCACUCUUUUUCGUAGACUACGUCGGCGUAGCUGUUUACCAAUAUGGCUGUGCACUAGGCCACUAUUUUUACUGUUCUGAGCCAGAAUGGAGACACAGCCCAGUGGGAGCUUUGUUUCUACCCGGUGCCGCGGUGCUGGCCUGGUUGUCCUGCGCCAGUUGCUGCUACGCCAAAUUCCGUUACCGCCGUCCAUACCCCCUCCACCGCAAGAUCUGCCAGAUCAUUCCCACCAGCCUGGCUUACUUGCUCGACAUAAGCCCCGUUGCUCACCGCCUGGUCACCAGAUCUUGGGACGAGCCAGUGUUGGUGUUUCACGCCCUGCAAGUGGUGUUUUUUGUGUUAUCGGCUCUGUUUUUCUCUUGCCCAGUUCCUGAGCGCUUCUUUCCAGGGAGAUGUGACAUUGUGGGCCACGGACAUCAGAUCUUCCACAUCUUCCUGGCCAUGUGUACUAUGUGCCAGCUGGAAGCAAUAUUUAGAGAUUAUCUGGUGCAUCAGCAGUCUGGAGAAGGUGUGCAUGGAGAACACUUCAUUUUACUAGCUGGAGGAUCCUUCUUCUUAUUGGUGCUGUGCUGUGUUCUGACUGCGGUUCUAAUGACAGGAGCUGUGCAAAGACAGCUGAAGAAAAAAGACUGCAAAACAUUUUGAGAAGAUUUGAUUUUGUUAGUUAUACAGUACCACAAUGCAUUUAUUAAUAUAUUUUAGUGGAUUUAUUAUGAGAAUUGUGAUGUCUCUUUCUUUCUCUUUCUUUUUUUACUUUAAAAGUCCCACAAUCACAUUUUGAAAUCACACACUUUCACAAGAAAUGGUAAAGCUGUCACACAGGCGAUAUGUACACUGUAGGCAUGAAUAUUAAAGGGGUGUAUCCUUUAUUGGGUAAAUAAAGUACAAAGGUGUAACUUUUUAAAGGGUAGCACCCCAGUGACAGCUUUUGUACCAUUUAUCUGAAAUGGCAGAUAUCAGUCUCAGGGAAGCAUUUUACUUUUCUAACUAUACUUUUACAAACAAACAGAAAUACUAAGCGGGGAUUUCCCCACAAAUGAAUUCACUGCUGACUGAGUAUAAUCUACCACUUAGCCGACAUUCCUCUCAAAUCCAGAACUCUAUGGCCUGGCCUAUUUACUUGAAAACUCAAAAACAUUCAAGUUAUUUUGCACUCAGUGGGAAAUUCAGUUUAAACCCGGUGCCUUAGAAACUGCUUUGGACUUUUGA